AUGAAAUUGCUGCUCGCUAUAAUCUGUUUGGCGUCAAUCCAAAUGGAAUUCAUUGAAAGUAAAAGCAUUAGAAAUGCAGAAGAGCCGCGAAUAUUUUUUCGACAAAUUCUCGAUGCAACAGGAUUCUUUCCAAUUGAAAUUAAUGUACCUGAUACAGUGUCAUCAAUGAUGAGUGGUUUAAGUUCCAUGUACGAUACUGUAUCAGGUUAUUUCGGAAGUGGAGGAAGUGAAGGUCAACCGGAAGAACAGACCCAGCAGAUCAUUCAUGAUGAGAACAGUGUCAAUUCGAAAAUGACUCAGAGGAAAAAGAAAGUGAAAAAAAUUAAGAAAAAGAAAACUGUAAAGAGCAAUAAUGAGUACGAUUAUUUCUUAAGCUACUUCUUGUUGUAA